UUUCAAUGUGUAAGAUGGCUGAGUGGUGGUGGUGGUGAUGAUGAUGAUGAUGAUGAUGAUGGUGGUGAUGGUGUGGGUGCUCUACCUCAUCUGCAUUGAAAAACAUCUUGUUGCUAUGACUGCCUGCCUCCGUGGGCCCGCUGUCCAUUUUGAAUGAAGUGAGGAGCUUCCUCCUUCUGCUCUCUAAAUGUAGUCGCACAUUUCGGCCGAGGCCCGCCCGGCUGCGUGUCGGACUGUGGCGGCGAGGAGCUGGGCCUCGCUAUGCCUGACGUGACACUGUGGGCUCUCCUCCAGCUGCAGACGUAACCGCGACGAACGAGCGGCAGCUGCAACAAAUCCCAAAAUGAGUGAGCUGGAGCAGCUUCGCCAGGAGGCCGAGCAGCUGAGGAACCAGAUUCGAGACGCCAGGAAAGCAUGCGGGGAUUCGACCUUGACGCAGAUAACUGCCGGUCUGGAUCCAGUGGGGCGGAUACAGAUGCGAACAAGACGCACGCUUCGAGGCCACCUCGCGAAGAUCUAUGCCAUGCACUGGGGGUCAGACUCAAGGCUUCUCGUUAGCGCCUCUCAAGACGGCAAACUGAUCGUGUGGGACAGCUACACCACCAACAAGAUCCACGCCAUCCCCCUGCGCUCCUCCUGGGUGAUGACCUGUGCGUACGCCCCAUCUGGGAACUACGUGGCAUGUGGAGGCCUCGAUAACAUCUGCUCCAUCUACUGCCUGAAAACACGCGAGGGGAACGUCAGGAUCAGCAGGGAACUGCCCGGGCAUACAGGUUACCUGUCAUGUUGCCGUUUCAUCGACGACAAUCAAAUCAUCACGAGUUCAGGAGACACCACCUGCGCGUUGUGGGACAUCGAGACGAGCCAGCAGACCACGGUGUUCUCGGGCCACACGGGCGACGUCAUGAGUCUGUCCCUGGCGCCCGACCUGCGGACCUUUGUGUCGGGGGCCUGCGACGCCUCGGUCAAGCUGUGGGACAUCAGAGACAGCAUGUGUCGACAGACCUUCACCGGACACGAGUCGGAUAUCAACGCCAUCUGCUUCUUCCCCAACGGCAGCGCCUUCGCCACGGGCUCCGACGACGCCACCUGCAGGCUGUUCGACCUGCGCGCCGACCAGGAACUCAGCCUCUAUUGCCACGACAACAUCAUCUGCGGCAUCACCUCGGUGGCUUUCUCCCGCUCGGGCCGCCUGCUGCUGGCGGGCUACGACGACUUCAACUGCAACAUCUGGGACGCCAUGAAGGGAGACAGAGCAGGAGUCCUCGCCGGCCAUGACAAUCGUGUGAGCUGUCUGGGUGUGACCGAUGAUGGCAUGGCUGUGUCCACCGGGUCCUGGGACAGCUUCCUCAAGAUCUGGAACUAAACACACACACACACACACACUUCUUGGAACCCAAGUUUUCGCACUGUAUGUAAGGUCCAACAAAGUGCAACAAGUGUACAUAAGACAUAGUAUGAUGACUUAGUUUACACCAGUCACACAUGCUACCUUCAGCUGACUCACGUGCACACCUGCAGCUGCAAGGCUACUCCCCCCCCCCCAAAAAAAACAAAAACAACAACAACAACAACACACACACACACAUUUGCCCCCCUCGAGAGAGACAGGUCAGAAGACGUCAUUGGACAAUUCUGUCUUUGUUUACAAUGAAGUCCAAAAUGCAUUUAAGACAAAUACUACUGUACUUUGUGUCGCAGUGCCACUUGUGUUGCAGAGAAGCUUUUUAGGGGCAGAACACGGAAGAGAAUUAUAGAAAGUCCACUUAGACUGAGGCGAAAAAAAAGUCAGAUGAAGAGAGGGGGAAGAAACAAACAAACGUAUCCUCGAAAUAAAUCAUGUUUUAGGUUUUUAUAGCUAUAUGCCCCAUACUCAGUGCAUCCGUUUUGUUUUGUGUUUUUACACUUGAUUUCUCCAUGUUCUCCCUGUGUGCCUCAGAUACACUUUAAGGAUUAUUACUAGAGAACAUUGAUAAGAGGUGAAGUAACUUGAAAAAUUGAAGACAUAAAAGCAUUGUUAAGGGGAGUCUGAAUGAAGCAGGAGCCAAUAUUCACACUUUAAUCUGGGUAGCUUGAUGGUAAAAUUGUACAUAUUAAUAAAUAAUACCCUCUCCUGCCA